AUGGACAUUUUACGCAAAUCCUACGAGUACGGCAAGUCGCCUCUAACUCCAUCGUCGCUCUUGAGUUCGUCUAACGCGUUCUUGUUUGGCGGUAACAUCUCUCGUUCACUGUCACCGCUCCUCCAUGGAAUCCUUUUUCGAUCCGUGAAUGCGUCAUGGACAUAUCAUCUCGCACAAACGACCGAUAACAAUGAGUUUCUAGCGAAGCUCGCCGAUUUCAAAUGUAUUGGCGUGUCCAUAACUAUGCCCAACAAGGUCACAUUCGGACCCCUUCUGGACGAUUUGACUGAGGAAGCACGUGGCAUCGGAGCGGUUAACACCGCCUUUGUUCGUCUUGACUCUACUGGAAAACGCCGGUGGGUUGGUACCAACACUGAUUGUGUUGGGAUUCGAGAAGCUAUUCUUCAACAUGACCCUCAUGCCGUCUCGAAGGCAAAGGGACAACCGGCUAUGGUGAUUGGCGGAGGAGGAGCAGCACGCAGCGCCAUCUAUGCAUUGUGGAAGUGGUUCUCUCCUUCUGAGAUCUACAUUGCGAACCGAUUACAAUCAGAGGUCGAUGAUAUUGCCGACUUCUUCAGAAAAACAAUGCCUGGCAUCAUGCUUCGGUACAUUCCAGAUGUUGAUACCGCGCAGAACCUUCCUUCCCCGUCGAUUGUCAUCGGUACUACGCCUGAUUAUCCACCUUCUGAGCCAGGAGAGGUCCUAUGUUGGGAGAUAAGCGAGUGUAUUCUGAGAAAGUCCAAGGGGGGAUUGUUGGUGGACAUGUGCUAUAUGCCAUCGACUGAGACUCGACUUUUGUGUACGGCGAGGAAGGCUGGUUGGGCUGUGAUUCGGGGUACAGAGGUACUUGUACGAGUAUGUGUUGCUCAACAGGUUCUGUGGUUGGAAAGGGAAUCGAACGAACGGGGAGUGGAAGAGGCCAUGGCUGCUAUUGCCAUGCCAGAUAGAAAUGCUAAACUAUAG